UGCCACAUUUCGUCUUUUUUCGAAUUUAGCAGGAAAACCCUUCAGGCAUUCUACACGCGCCACCUCCCCAGUUAAAUACCUUGUUGCCUGAAUCCAAAGUAUGCCAUCAUUGGCACAUUUACCUCAACGAGAAGAUUUAUCUGAUACGUGGAUCCUGUAGCGCUGCUCUCACCACUUCCGAUCGAAACGUUAACGUACCAUGUGCUUCGUGGUGUUCAUCAUUUCCAUCGUACUGUCAGCCGGCACCUUUAUGAGGCAAGCUGGAGGCAUGGCUCAUACUGACGUGUGUAAGCUCGAGAAACAGGACGCAGGCUACAUUGACCUCCCGAACCGAGUCGAUAGUCACUACUUCUACUGGUACUUUGAGUCGCGCAACAAGCCAAACACGGAUCCAUUGCUGGUGUGGCUUCCUGGUGGACCUGGAAUGGGCGGUACUUAUGGAAUGCUGGCCGAGAACGGCCCGUUUACCAUUAAUACCGAUCUUUCCACGAAGAUAAACCCAUUCUCGUGGACGGCACAAGCCAACAUGGUAUGGGUGGACAUUCCUGUUAACUCCGGGUUCUCGUAUUCCCCAGUCGCUGAAGACGACGAGCUUACGGAUGAACGCGUAGCCGAGAGCGUAUUCUGGUUUCUCCAAGGCUUCAUGAAGAAGCAUCAGGAGCUGCAAGGACGAGAACUUUUCUUCGUGGGCGAGAGCUACGGAGGCCAUUUCGUGCCUUCAGUGGCCCACUACAUUUGGAAGAAACAGGGAGAACAUCUCUUUUCCCCUGCCUCCCCCGAUACCAUCCCGAUAAAUCUCCGAGGUAUCGCGAUUGGCAACGCCCUAACAGACCCGGUGGAAAUCUUCGGUCAUUUUGUCGACAUGGCCGAUAAUCCGUACAGCAUUACUCUCUUGAAUGAAACUCAAUUGGCGGCGAUGCAAGUGGCAUCUCCGGUAUGCCGAAGUUUAGUGACCGAGUGCCAAACGAACACGUCGCGGUGCGCAGAAGCUGGUUCGUUCUGCAUCAGUACACAGUGGAUUCCGAUGUUUGGAGAGCUCUGGGAUCCUUACGAUAUUCGUCAAAAGUGUGAUACUGCAGUCUCGAAUAUGAGCGCUUGUAUGCCCAAGGUACCAACAACAAAAGGAUAUCUAGAUUUACCAGACGUGCGUGGAUUCCUUGGAGUCCAUCCAAGCCGUCCCGAAUGGAUUCAACUCAACGCUACUAUCAAUUCUGGCUUCUUUGGGCCGCCUGCUUACUCGGGACUCCUGUCCGUGGGGGAUAAAGUAGCUGAACUACUGAAUGCAGGACUACGCGUGCUGAUGUAUGUUGGCGACGCUGAUCUGCUGUGCAACUUCUACGCCAUUGAAGCCACAGCAAAGAAACUCAACUGGUUUGGGGCUGGCGGAUUCAAUGCAGCAAAAGCGCGUUCGUACUCAACUGCCUCUGGGAUUAAGGAUGCUGGUACUAUACGAUCGUUCUCCCACCUGACGUAUGUGAAAAUACACAAUGCAGGCCAUAUGGCACCAGGGGAUCAACCUGAGGUCGCUCUUGACAUGAUCUCCAAGUUCAUUGGAAGCAAAAAAUUUUAGGUUUCGCUAUUCGGUGGCAAACAUUUGUAGUGUCAAAUCAGAACAAGGAAAAACGAAGUUAAUGGAAACUUUGUAUCUCUCCAAAUUAUACUGGGAUAGCUGAAAGUCUAAAGCUGAGGCCGGCUCAGUAACUGAGCCGGUAGCUGAGAAUCUGGUAUAGUACGCCAAUUCCAGAAAAUA